GAUCCAGCCCUCUGCCCAUCCGUGCCCCCCGGCUCCCCAAGCCUCGGUCCCCGCAGCAGCCACCCGUCGGUCUCGCUGCCCCAGCCUGGGCGCCCAGACCUCGCCGGGACAGGCCCGGUCUACAUCAGAGAGUCUGGCAGGAGUAAGAGCUGAGUGUGACUUGAAAGUGGAUUGACUCCGGAGUAAGAGCGGGCACCGGGCACCGCAGGAGUUGGGCAGGAAUAGCUCCCCGCUAGCAGCACCUCCAGAAUCCCCCCCCCGUACACAAGCCCUGAAAACCUGAACAAGCUCCGGCCUGCCAGUCCCGGCCGCAGGCCGCAGCUUGUAGCACGGAGUUUGGUCGAAGGGUGAAUUUUCUAGCAGGGGCUGGAGCUGCUCCAGUGUCCCCCACCCCAACCCCUCAAAAACCAUCAGUCGCACCCUCAAAAAUGAUGAAAGCAGCUUAGAAAUAAUGAGACCUUAAAGAAGCACAGCGCUGGUGUUCGGUGGCUUUGCCUUUGGGGGUCGGAGGCCCCAGGGACUCUCUUUUCAAGCUUUUCCCUGCAAUCACAAGAGCUGGAAACUCUUUCUAUUAAUGCAAGCGGAGAAUCUCCCAUAAUCACAUGACUCCAGAAGCUGGGACUUUAAGAAAAACUGCACGGGCUCCCUUGAGAUCGCAACAAGGCAGGAGUUCUCUGCAGCAGUUGCCAGGUCCCAGCCUGCUGCGUCUGGCCCCCAGGGGCCUUCUGUUUGGCUCGAGCCAGCGUGUAACAUGCCACAAGUUUACACACCUAUUGCAGUUGAGGGUGGCUGGGGGCCAGGGCUGUCUCCGAUCAGGCAAGGUCAAGAUAUGCAGUAGGUUUAUUUUUUUUCACCCAUCGAAUUUGGGAGCUUGUAUGCUCAGCGGCGGGGCGGAGCAGCCACUUUUGGAGCUAUGCAGGAGGAAUCAGACUGACUGCCCAACGUGCUCCGGGGCGCCCAUCCUACCUCCCAGGCUGGGAGACCUGCAGGAGGGGAUGGCUGUAGGGGACAGUCCGUCGUGAGCCCAGCACGAUGGUAGGAAGGGCAGUAGUGCUGCAGGUGCCGUGUUUCAAACGAAAUCCAAGGCCUGGACCCGACCUCUUGUGGUCAUUAAAGAGGCCGUCGCAUCUUUCAUACAUGACAGGUGUUACCCUGACGGCAGGUCCACAUUCCCCUUUGAGUAAUUAAAACCUGCCCGUCUCUGCUACCCCUGCAGCGUCAGUGGGGUACGAUAUUCUCCACUUCCUGCCCGAACGGCUGGGCAAUGUUAAACAGCGGCCGGGUUCCAACCCAGAGCUGGCUGACACUGCAGAGCGGGGAAGUGAGGCUUGCGGUGAACGGUUGAGAAAGUUGCUUUGGGAUCGGAGUCUGUGAGGCGCUAUAAGGAAGAUAGUUUCACGCCAACAAGCUGCUGCUGGGAAGGUUGGCUGGAGCCGUCUCCUCUGUAGCUGGCCGGCGUGGCGGCUGGAGACUGCACGGGGUGUCGGAGCUGUGCCCGCCCCGUAGGACGGCGGCGAGCAUGUCUCAGAAGAGCAGGAACCGGCAGGCCCGUGGCGGGGAGGAGAUCAGCGGGGAUGCAGCGAGGCCUGGAGCUGCUGUGGCGCCCCGGGGCCAUCUGAAAGGCAAACGGAAGGUCCUGGCAGAGCCCAGUGGGGCGGAGGUGUUGACCGUGGAGAAGAGGAGGAAGGAAGGGGAGGCAGCGGAGCGGGGAGGAGCUGGGAGCCUGGGGGAAGCCGUGAGGCAGACGCGGCUGCAGGUUGCCCCCUCUGUGCAGGACUUCAAGUACAACAAGAAGCGAGUGCGCCUGGUCUCGCAGGGCUCCGACCUCAAGGAUGCCGCCGCGGGCGUCGUGUACUGGAUGUCUCGAGACCAGAGGGUGCAAGAUAACUGGGCUUUCCUGUACGCCCAGCGCCUGGCCCUGAAGCAGCAGCUCCCUCUGCACGUCUGCUUCUGCCUGGUGCCCAAGUUCCUGGAGGCCACCAUCCGUCACUUCGGCUUCAUGCUGAAAGGCCUGCAAGAAGUGGCCGAGGAGUGCCAGGAGCUGGACAUCCCCUUCCACCUGCUCAUCGGCUUUGCCAAGGACGUGCUGCCUGCCUUCGUGACGGGCCGUGGCCUCGGCGGAGUGGUGACAGACUUCUCCCCGCUCCGCGUCCCCAUGCAGUGGGUGGAAGACGUCAAGGAGAGGCUCCCGGGAGAUGUGCCCUUUGUACAGGUUGAUGCUCACAACAUUGUCCCGUGCUGGGUUGCCUCAGACAAGCAGGAGUACGGAGCCAGGACAAUUCGACGGAAGAUCCAUGAUCAGCUCUCGCAGUUCCUCACGGAAUUCCCUCCCGUCAUCAAGCACCCGUACCCGUCCACAGCCCCGGCAGAGCCCAUAGACUGGAACGCCUGCCGCGGCAGCCUGCAGGUGGACUGCUCGGUGAAGGAGGUGACUUGGGCGACACCGGGGACGGCCGCGGGGCUGGCCAUGCUGGAGUCGUUCAUAGGCGAGCGGCUGAAAUCCUUCGGCACCGACCGGAACAACCCGAACAGGGCAGCGCUCAGCAACCUCUCGCCGUGGUUCCACUUCGGCCAGGUCUCCGUCCAGCGGGCCAUCCUGGAGGUGCAGAAAUAUCGCAGUAAAUACAAGGAGUCGGUGGAUGGGUUCAUCGAGGAGGCCGUGAUCCGCAGGGAGCUGGCCGACAACUUCUGCUACUACAACAGGAACUACGACAAGGUGGAAGGUGCGUACGACUGGGCCAAAACCAGCCUGAAGCUCCACGCCCAGGACAAGAGGUCUCACCUCUACGAGCUGAGGCAGCUGGAGGAGGGGAAGACGCACGACCCACUCUGGAACGCUGCCCAGCUCCAGAUGGUUCACGAGGGGAAGAUGCACGGGUUCCUACGCAUGUACUGGGCCAAGAAAAUCCUGGAGUGGACCCGCUCCCCCGAGGAGGCCCUGGAGUUCACCAUUUACCUCAACGAUCGCUAUGAGCUGGAUGGCCGGGAUCCCAGCGGCUACGUAGGCUGCAUGUGGUCCAUCUGCGGGAUCCACGACCAGGGCUGGGCCGAGCGGGCCGUGUUCGGGAAGAUCCGCUACAUGAACUACGCCGGCUGCAAGAGGAAAUUCGACGUGGGGCAGUUCGAGCGCAGAUACGAUCCCCGCAAACUGGGCCAGUAGCCUUGUGGGGUGUGGGGAGGCAGCUCCUGCUGAAAACAGGAUGGCUGGGGCUCGUGGGGGGGUUCUCUGCUGAGCCUUCGAACGUUUGCAUUUCCCCCCCACAUACCAUUGACAGGCCCUGGCCUACAGGAUUCCUCCAAGGCAGCGGUUCGGGCGCAAUGCCGGGAGCUGGGGCAGCAAGCCCCAGCUGUGCCACCUCCCCCUACUAGCUCGGGACAGCUCUAAAAGCUACUUUGAUAUUUCUAGAGGGGAGGGGUUCGCCAGCCACCCCGACUGCUCGGGGAGGAGACACUGCCUUUUCCAGCCUCGCCCUCGCCUGCAGCAGGGAGACAGGCCUGGCUCGUAGAGCUCAGGGAUGCUGGGCCUGUAGCUUAGCGCUUCUGGCUUGAUUGCGUCUAGAACGAGCUGCUGGCAGAGGUGGGGGAAUCUCAGCGCAAAUCCACCGCAGCUGGCGGGAUCUCAGCUUUCGCGCAGAGCAGGGAAGAGGGGAGCUCCCGGGGCGACACACACUGACCUCAACUGGCUGCGUUACCUCUAGGGGCUUUGCUGCCCCACCCCACGCAGAGAUGGAUGCUUGUCUCACCCCAUGCACUAAGCAGGCAGGGUUUUCAGAGUGACUGUUAAAAGCCCACUGACUUGCAGCAGGGUCUGUGUCUUAAACCUUACAACACCCAGCCCUAGCGUCCGUGUCAUUUCUGCAGCAGCGUUUCGAUGGGAUCAGAGGAAGACAAGAACUGGGGCUGCCCAGCCCUUCCCCUAAACCUUAGCGAGCAGCAGCUCAGUUGAGAGCGACGGUCCACCAGCCUGGAUCUGCUCUGACAGCCUGAGACGCUCCAGGGAUUGGGACAGUUGGGGACUACUGGCUACCCCCGGGAGUCAGUGCUGCAGAGGCCUACAGACGGUCAGCCCAGCACGUUUUCAUUCGUAAGUGUCUAGUUUCUGGAGUGUUCCUAAGCUCUCUGCUGCAGGCUUGUUUUCAGAGCAUGCACCUUUACAAGCGCAGCUCUUUGCAGGAGUGUGUCUACCCUGACAGCAGUGGAGUUAGGGUUUCCCCCGUCAGUGCUAACAUUACCCAGAACACUAGGGGGCAGGGUUGGGUCAAAGGUAAAGCCAAGAACACACCUACCCAGCUGAUCCUGAACUGUGCCGUUUAAUCCAACCGGAAUAUUGACAAAGGUAAAUUAGAACAUCUCUUCCUGCAUCGCUUGGCUUUCGGGGCUGGUCACCCAUCCACAUCAGAACCAGGUCUGAUCCUGCUUAAUAACACAACACCAGCUAGAACCUCUCGAACCCGGCACUCCCAUGUCCGGCAACUCUGUGGGCUGGAGCACCCAUGGGGAAAAAUUAGUGGGUGCAGAACAUCCACCGGCGCCAAGCUCCUCCCUCUACUCCCCUCCCCCCACACCUCUGUGGUCUCAGCCUGGGGCAGUGAGGGGCACGGACAGGGGUAAGGCUGAGAUCACAGCUGGGGGUGGCUGGGGCUAGGAGCGGAGCCCCACAGCUAGGAUCCCGGGCAGCAGGGAAGGGGCCGGUGACCAGGACCCCGCGCAAAGGGCCGGCGACCAGGACCUGGUGCCGACAUUGGAGCCCCUGGGUGGGGGGCUGGCAGCCAGGACCCCGGGUGCAGUGGGACUCCCGGGCAGGGGGCCAUGCUGGGCGCAAAGCCUGGGGGUGCUGCAACACCCCCUGCACCCCUACUUCCUGUGCCUAUGGAGACCGGCUGGCACUCUGCAUUGACCUCCCGUGGGGUUCAGCACCGGUCAGGUCCCGAGGGGGCCGGACUAGAGAGGUUCAACCUGUAGUUCCCUGGUUUCCAGCAACAAGUCGACCUCGGUUUUUUACUUAUCCACCGCUCUUUUUUUAAAUUAAGAGAACACAAACAGCAUGUGAGCGGCCCUCUGGGGAAG